CCUUCCCCUUGAAGCCUCUCCUCUUCUUCCUCCUCCUCCUCUGCUCUCCCUUCGCCUCGCCUCGCCUCUCCUCCAAGAGCGCAACCGUAAAAAAAGAAAAAGAAAAAAAAAACCCGAGGCGGCGAGCUCUCGGGCUGCUUCCGGCUCCGUCCGUAGCGGCGAGGAGGGGGCGGAGGGCCAUUGGCGCGGCGGCCCGCGCGAGGCGCGCUUGCAUUGUUGGUGGCGGCGGCGGGGGGUCGACGGGGUGGAGGGCGUGUUUUUUUGUUGGCUUGGGGUGGAGGCGGGGGAUGUCUUGCUCGAAGGUGCUUCUGUCGAAGAAGGGGGUGCUGGGGACGGUGUGGGUGGCGGCGGUCAGCGGCGUGGCGGCGCUCAGCCGGGACCAGGUGGUUCGCACCAACGUCGUCGCCUGCGUCGAUAAGAUUUUGCCUGAUGACAACGACAAAACCACAUACAGAGUAUUGGGACUGCUUCUGCUUGGCAUUGUUAGGAUUUAUUCCAAGAAAGUGGAAUACCUCUGCCAUGAAUGCAAUGAGCUUCUUGGAUCAUAUGGAUCAGCACAUUGCAAUGAACUAAGUAUCCCAACUGGAGGAGCAACAAAUAGAGUUUCAAAGCAAGCGAAGAAACCUGUUCGCGCAAGAAGAUUAGUUGUAAGACAAGAAGGUGCUUACAAGGUAAAAAUACCUAUGCAAGCUGUGCGAACAACUAGAGCAGAAACAAGAGCUACUUCACAGAUAACUGAAGUUCGAGACACACAUGCUACACCUGAUCUUCCAACUUUCACAAUACCCAAAAGAUUUGAGCUUGACUCUUUUGAUUUGGGGAUUCCUGAAGAUAGGGAUGAUGAUGACGUGGAUCAUCACCAAUUGCCACAUCAAGGUACCAUGUUGGAAGAUGAGAAUCACCAUACAUCCUGUUUGUUUGAGUCUUAUAAGAUGAUGACAUGCUCAUACGCUGAUCUAGACUCUGCCUGCAUUAUGCCAGUACGCGUCACUAUCCCAACUGAAAUGAUGAGUGUCAUUAGUGAAGUCAACAGUCUACUAUGCUUGAGUAGCAUUGGGGGUGAACCUGAAAAUCACAAUGCUGAAUCUGCUUGCUUUACACCAGUGAAGGAUAUUCUUCCACCUGAGAUGGUGGAUAUGAUGGCUGAAGUAAAUGAUCCUUCAGAUAAAAGCACAAGGGGGAAAAAACCUCAAAGAGAAUUGAAUAGGGAUGAGAAUGGGAAUUCUGCUUGCCACAUCCCUUUGUCAGGAAGUAAGGAAGUGCAAAUACCUGAAAAUAUUGUGGAGAAUGUGACUUUUCCAAGUCGUGAUGCAAAUUGUCCCACAAUUGAAGAAUCAGAAAAUGGGUCACUGCAUGGAACUAACACAAAUCCAUCAUGUGAUGGUUUUGAGGAACCCGGGUCUCUUGAACAACCAACUUUGCGCUGUAAGACAAAGCUAAUCAAUGAGCUGUCACCUUCCACUCCGGAGCCCAUGACAGAGGGUGGCACAGGGCUACCCUGCUCUCCUAAAUUUAUGGUUACUACACCAGCUAAAAAGGAGAAGCACCGGGUGACUAGAAAACGAAGAAGGGGAUUAUACAAUAAAGAUUAUAUACCAACAGAUAGAGGAGACAAACGGAAGGUUAGAAGAAGAGGAACAUGGGUAUUGUAUGAUGAAAAUAUUGUUCUACCAAAUGAAACAUUGAGAAACACAAUAGAGGAUGCAAGUGAUCUAGUGCAGCAGAGAAGGAAGGCACCUCAUACUUGUCUUUAUACCUGGAAGGAGGGCAAAAUUCGUUCUCUGCCAGUUACUUUCAUGGAUCCAUUGAUUUUGUAUCCAACUUCGGUGUACGUUAGACACACUAUUACAGCAGAUACACCAGAAAAUUCGUGCAGGGAGUCAGUAAAAUCAAGAAGGCGACUUUCGUUGGAGCUUUCUGAAUCCAACAAUAUCUGCGAUGAUGCUAAAAAUGUAGAAGGUGAAAGCAUUCCAGAUGAACCAAGAAAGAGAAAAUUGGAUGAAUUGACAGAUAGUGUACAGGCAACUGUUGGGUGUUACACUGAAAGUGCACAGUAUCACAAUGAUGAAGACUAUAGAUUUAAUGACGAUACAGUCAAAGAAAAGGAUUUCUCAAUUGGAGGACAUGAAUCUCAUUCAACAGAACUGCAAGAAAGAUUGAAUGCAUUGAAAAGUAAAAAUCCACAGCUCGACGAGGCAUUGGAUGCUGAUAUAGAUAGUAUGGAAGAGGAUACUCAUAUGGAUGAACAACAUGCUAGAGAUGAAGGUUUGCUGCGUUCAACAAGAACAAGGACUGUAGCAAGGUACUUCCAUCAACUACUCGUGGACCAGAAGUGCCAACAACGGAACAAUUCUGUAUGCCUUGGUCAAGCACUCGAAGGAACGAAAAGAAAAACUUCAGCAAGAUUCUUCUAUGAAACUCUGAUCCUGAAGAGUGGUAGUCUCAUAGAAGUCAAUCAAGAGCAGACUUAUGGGGACAUCAUAGUCUCAGCGACUCCGCGGCUCGAGGCGGCAUUGCGGAGUAGUGAGAAGCAAUGACUUAAUUUGACGCAACAUGUUCAUUGGUAGUUUUCGGGAAAAAGAGAUCCCAGCUUCCCAGGAGCGUUUCACCUUGUUUUAUCUUCUGUAGCAUGUUUAUGAUGGUCAGUCAGAUGUAUAUACUUAGUUGGGCGCAUGUAGCGCUAGAUGGUUAGGAACAUGUAGAGAUGUUAGUUGUUUCCCCCUUUUUUUUCCCCUUUAGAUGGAUAGCUUAGUUAUUUAUAAUAACUUUAACAGUUGUAAAUUGCAGUUUCCUAUCAGUGUUAGAUCCCGUGUUCUUUUCAGAGUU